GGUCUUACAAUGGGAGGAGUAAAAGUAAAAGAGGAAACAACGUCUAAGUUAAAGCUGACCAAAGAGCCAAGUUUACAAUCAUUCAGUGUUGUCAUUGCAUUUAUGGCCUGUGGUUAUGGAGCUGCUAUAUACAGUGAAGACUCGUCCCUGUGGAGGAUGGUGUAUGUUAUUGGUGGUCUGUUUGUGGGACUAGCUUGUAUUGAGGACUGGGAGUAUUGUGAGUUUGAUCUGUCAACCAAUGAACUUCACCAAACCCGAUACACAGUUUAUGACAAAAUUCUACAGUUAUUAACAACUAAAAAUGAGCAUAUUGUUGUAACAAGUCUGUCUGACAUUGUUGAUGUUGAAGUGGAAGAACAAUAUGUACGAUACUUUGGCAAUACAUAUCAAACUGUGAUAGUUUAUGACACAGGAAUACGAAUUGGAGUGACUGAGUCUUUCAUUUAUGGCAACAAAAAAGACCAGGAAGCAAUUGCAGAAAAAAUAAAGACAUUCCUAAAGCUUGAUCAGCCAGUUGUGACUGAAUCCUCGUCCAGUGGGGAGGAGGACUUUGAGCAUGUGGACCCAGAGGAACUGACAGAGGACCAAGGGAGGCCACUCUGAAGGGAAUAAAUGGACACUCACUGAGUUCCUUAAUCUGAUGUCUUCUACUUAAUAAAUAACAAGGGGAAACAUGUUAUUUGAUUUUUAUUUCAAAACUUUGUGAUAUUAUGUUUUUUUUCAUUGUGUAGAGGAAGCAAGGAUAAGGGAAAUUACCACUAAUGACAGGAAAUUAAUAUAAAUGGGGAUUAAUAUGGCAAUAUUUGGUGAAAUUUACUUCCUUUGUAAGGUGAAAUUUUUUUGUCAACACUUUAGUUUUUGGGAGUUAACUAAUUAGAUUUUAAUGUAAGUAAUAAUGAUUUGUUCCUUUUCUGUAACAUUGUUUAAAGAUAGUAAUUAAUGUAAGGAGUUUUAUACAUGUAAUAUUGAAAUGGAUUUAGGGCAUAAAUGUGCCUUUUUAUCAAACAUAUUUGAAUAAAUUGGUGAUUGAAAGGGAGGAGGGGGGGUUACAAACUACAGUGGUAUCUUGUGGCUUACGAUUACAAUUACAACCUUCUUUUGAUAAUAUUAAUUUGAUAAUAUAUAUAGAUUUUUUUUAAUCAACCAGUAUAAUUAACAUUAAUAUUUGUUGAUCUAGUCGCAUUAAAAGAGAUUAUUCUCAGGUUUCAUUUCCUGUAGAGUUUUUAUGCACUUUUAUGUUUUGAUUUAACAUGAGGAAAUCUCCUCUUCAUAAUAAAGUAAUUCAUGUGUUUACAUGUACGAUAUUAUCAGAUUGUAUAUGUUAGAAAGUAUCAGAUAAUGAUUCACAGCUUUGCUAUGGUAAGCACUUCACUGAAAACAGAGAAACUCCUCAAAAACAGGAUAAGCAAUUGAAUAUUUAACAAUUCACUUAUCUGUUACAGACUAGGAAUUGUUUCACAAAAUUGUAAUACCUUGUACAUGUAAUAACAUAUCUCCACUACAAGCAGUAUUUCUUAUAUUGUAGUGUUUUGUUUUACUUCUUCUUUUUUGUUUGUUUGUUUUUUUUUUUUUAGUUUUGUUUUUUGAGCUUUAAAAUUUUUUUUCCUUUCAAAA